AGAUUAUCAGCAUCAUUAGCGAUCACGAUGAAGAGAGUGGUCUUUGCUGUGCUUGCGCUAGUGAGUCUCUCUGAGAUUCAGAGCGCGCCUACAACAGCUGACCCAGGAUGUGGACAGAACCCUGCAGAUAUUGUGUUUUUAUUGGAUUCGUCGGGAAGUGUAGGGAGAUCAAACUUUCAAAAACAGCUGGACUUUGUAAGUAAAUUUGCAAAUUCGUUUACCAUUGGACCUCAGGGUGUUCAAAUCGGCGUCACCACGUUCGCCACGCAUCCCACAAACCGGUUUUGGUUGAAUUCUCAUACAAAUAAAGCCGAUCUCGUCAAAGCCAUUCAAGCAGUUCCCUAUUCGGGCGGAAGCACAGCCACAGAUGAGGCUUUGAGUUUCGUCAAGAACCAAGCGUUCACGAAGGCUCACGGUGACAGGGACAAAGUUGCCAACAUCCUCAUCGUCAUGACUGACGGCCAAUCCAACGUCAAGGCAAAGACGGCGGCGCAGGCGGCAAGUAUCAAGAAGGGGACGACCUGGUCUGUGUUUGCUAUUGGUAUUGGAAGCGGCGCCUCCAAACCGGAACUGAACACCAUAGCAACCGACUCCAAACACGUCUUCACUGUGGAGAACUUCAGCGCUUUGCAGAACAUCCAGGCCACGCUGAAGAAGACAGCUUGUCAAAUUGACGGACAAUGGAACAAAUGGGGCUUUUACUCCCCCUGCACGAAGAAGUGUGGCGGAGGGAACCAGUACCGGGAGAGGACAUGCAGCAACCCUCCCCCAUCGCACGGAGGCAAGCCUUGCGCAGGAGCAGCCCGCGAAACCAAAGCAUGUGCAACAACACCUUGCACAACCACCCCCAAACCAACAACCACACCCAGACCCACCCAUGCUACCACGUCGACAGUUGCGCCAGGAUGUGGCCUCCAACCAGCAGAUAUUGUCUUCAUAGUCGACUCGUCAGGAAGUGUCGGUUCCGCCAACUUCCAAAAGAUGUUGACCUUCAUCGAGACCAUGGUUCAGGGAUUCGACAUCGGCCCACAGGGCGUCCAGAUCGGCAUGAUCACCUUCGACAGUAAGACCUACCUGCAGUUCCAUCUGAACAAGUACGCGUCCAAGUCCGACAUCAUCAAAGCAAUCAAAGCCACGAAGUACACUCGAGGAAACACGUACACUCACCUUGCCCUUCAGUAUGCCAGACAGACCAGUUUCACCGCCGCCAACGGUGCCAGACCUAAUGCCGCUAAGAUUGCCAUCGUCAUCACCGACGGUCAGUCCAACAUCCCCACCUCAACCAAGACCGAGGCCCAGAAGCUCAAAGAUGCUGGAGUCACUGUGUUUUCCAUCGGCGUUGGCAGCGGUGCCAGACAAACCGAACUCCAAGCAAUGGCCACAGACCCUGAUUCCCAACAUGUCUUCAUCGUGACGAAUUUCGACGCUCUAAAGCUAAUCAAGUCACAGCUCCAACAGAAAGCAUGUGAAGUAAAACCAACAGUUGUAGUCACCACACCCGCACCGGCAAAACCAAACUGUGGCGCACAGGCAGACAUCGUCUUCCUCCUGGACGAGUCCGGAAGUGUUGGGAGAGACAACUACAAGAAGAUGCUCGCGUUUGUGAACCAGAUUGUUGACGACUUCUCUAUUGGCCCACACGACGUCCAGAUCGGCUUAGAAACGUUCUCGUCUACCACCCGGCAUCAGUUCGACAUGAACAAAUAUGCUGACAAGACGGCACUGAAGGCUGCUAUUACCAAAACUUCAUACCAUGGCGGCAACACCCAUACCGGCGACGCCCUGGACUAUCUCUCCAGCCACAGCUUCACGAAAGCUGCUGGAAUGAGAGACAAUGUCCCACAUAUUGCCUUCGUUCUUACUGACGGCAACUCGCAACAGAGAACUCUCACAAAGACCAACGGUGCUAAGCUACAAGGUCAGGGGGUAAAAGUUAUGGCUAUUGGUAUCGGUAACGGCAUCAACAACCAGGAACUUGACAACAUCGCCAGCAACCCCGAUAGUCAGUAUGUCUUCAGAGCUGCCAAUUUUGAUGCCCUAAAGAAUCUCAAGGCCAUUCUAGCUUCCAAGGCAUGCGAAGUUGCCAAACCUAAACCGGACCAGACCACGCCUUUACCGAAGUUGUGUGGCUCUCAGGCCGACAUCGUGUUUAUGCUGGAUUCCUCUGGCAGUGUCGGCUCGAGCAACUUCAACCUCCUCCUCACCUUCGUCAAGAGCAUCGUCCAAGACUUCGACGUUGCCUCAAACAAGAUCAGGAUCGGCGUGGAAAAAUUCAGCUCCAGGCCCUAUCUGGAGUUCCACCUGGACCAGUACAGUAACAAGCAGGACGUCCUGAACGCCGUCACCAACAUCAAGUACGUCUCAGGGGGCACCAACACCGGCGACGCUCUCAAGUAUCUCCAGGACAACAUGUUCAACACGAAGAACGGCGACCGCCCAGGCGUCCCCAACAUCGCUAUCAUCAUCACCGACGGCAGAUCCAACAAGCCGGACCAAACGAAGACGUUUGCUAAGGCUGCACGAGACAAAGGAACGCAGGUGUUCUCUGUUGGUGUCGGGAAAGGUAUCUCCAUGGCGGAGUUGAAUGAAAUGGCAUCCGACCCUGACUCCGCCCACGUGAUGUCUGUAGACGAUUUCAGCAAACUGCCCCAGAUCAAGGCAUUGUUCGCCAAGAAGGCAUGCGCAGUGAUCCCGCCAAGCCUCGCGCCAUACGUGCCAACACCAUCCUCCUCAAGUGGUCCUCUGAUCGACCCCUGCCAGGACGCUAUAACCGACUGUGACCGCUAUCCCGACACAGUAUGCAGGGAGUUCACGAAAUGGUCCGAGGUCAACUGUCAGAGGACAUGUCAUAUUUGUACACCGUCCAUCCCAUCUACCCCAGCUCCCUGCGUAGAUGUACUGGACAAAUGCAAGUCCUACCUUCCCACGUCCUGCCUUGCACCUUAUGACAAUUGGGCUAAGACCAACUGCAGGAAAUACUGUGGAUAUUGUGACGCGAAGGCCGUGACUGGCUAUUUCGGCACGUGCUUCUACAAGGGCAGCCAGUACAAGCAGGGCCAGAAGUGGGAGGAUGGCUGCGAGUACGAGUGUGAGUGCACCGACGCCUCCCAUGGACAGUACAAUUGCUACAACAGGUGCCCCGCCUAUUACAACCUCCCCCCUCAGUGCACCCUGGUGAGGGUGAACAGCUCCUGUUGUCUACAGCCGGUCUGUGACUUCGACGGGAAAUACGAGACCACAUCCGGACAGAACGUCGGCAAUCUUAACGGAAACAAGGUGUGCGAAUACGGCGGCAAACAGUACUACCAGAGCCAGACCUGGCAGGUGGGAUGUGAGUUCGAGUGCAAGUGCGAGGACGCCGGGGUCGGAUUGUGGUCCUGCCAGAGUGUCUGUGCCCAGUACGGCCAGCUCCCCAAAGGCUGUAAAUUGGUAACGAAACCAGGCGAGUGUUGCGCCAAACCCGACUGCGAGUUCAACACUCAGGUGGGAUCUUUCACAGGCCAGGGAACAACCAGUGGCAGUGGAGAUAAAAUGCCGUUGACGACCGUGGGGCCUUGUGUGGACACUCAGAGCAACUGCAACUCAUAUGCUCCUGACGCAUGCACCAAGUAUAAGCGCUGGGCUAUGGACAACUGCCGCAAACACUGCAACUUGUGUUUGGAUGCCUAUCUCCCUGGACCAAAUGACUUCUGUCUGUACAAGGGACACAACUACACCCAGGGGCAGCGGUGGACCGACGGAUGCAACGGCGAGUGUUUCUGUGACAACGCCAAAUACGGAUACUACAGAUGCAAUAAUGCGUGCCCCAAGUACUUCAACAUUCCUCCAGGGUGCUCCCUGGAGACGGCCAAGGGACAGUGUUGCAAGGUCAUGACCUGUAAAACUGGUUCAUUCGUGGGUUCGUCCACCACCCCCGGGUCUCUCGGUGCCUACCCCGUCCCGACCCUCCCGAAUCAACCUACCCCCGGUCCGGGACAGCAGCCCACCCCUCGUCCAUACCUGGCUCCUCAGAAACUCGCUGGCUGCAUGUACCAGGGGACACUAUACAAACAGGGUCAGAGAUGGACGGAUGGUUGUGAUUACUCCUGUUCAUGUGACGACGGAGUCUCAGGAAGAUUCACCUGUUCGCCAAGAUGCCCAAGCUUCACGGGUCUGCCAAGCGGAUGCGUUCUGAAAGACACGCCCAACGACCCAUGCUGCCAACUCCCAGACUGCAGCGGCGCACCGGCCGGAACUACAGUAGUCCCGACGUAUGGCCCGGGAUUCACAGGCUAUGGACCCGCUGUUUAUCCAUCAGGAUACGGACCAGGAGUCUCCGGAACCGGACUGCCACCAAUUCAGGGACAGACACAGGCUCCUUUGACGGGAAACACAGCUGGCUGCCACUACCAUGGCAAGACGUACCAGGCUGGACAGACGUGGGCGGACGGAUGCCAGUACAAGUGUGCCUGCAUCGACGGCAACACCGGAUACUACAAGUGCACUGACAGGUGCCCACAGUUCCAGAACCUCCCAGCCCAGUGUUCACUGAUAACGGACCCAAAUGACAGCUGCUGCAAGACCUAUCAAUGCAACUUUGCCCAGCAGGCGACCACGCCCAAACCUUUGUUCGCCGUCACCACCCCCCAGCCGGGCGUGGACUACUGUGUGUACAAGGGCCUGUACUACCGCCAGGGCGAGCAAUGGAGCGACGGUUGCACUCUCACCUGCAGAUGCGAGGAUGCUAAGAACAACUACCACCAGUGCACGGACAGGUGUCCAAGUUUCACCAACGUGCCUCUUGGUUGCAAGUUGGUGCCUGAUCAGAGAGACCCCCAGUGCUGCAAGGUUCCAGAAUGCGACUCCGCCAACCAGGGCACCGGCACCGGCUCCAUCCAGCCUCUGGGUUUCCUCGGUUCCUUCACCGGCUAUGGACGCCCCCCUGGCACCAACCUGCCCUCUCAGGUCGGAUACAGAGAUGCGUGCAUCUACAAGGGCCAGAUCCACAGUCAGGGAGACACCUGGCAGGACGGUUGCAGUCUGGACUGUGAGUGUCUCGACGCCAAGUCCGGCAAGUACAGGUGUACCGACAGGUGCCAGCGUUAUGCCUCUCUCCCCGCCGGCUGCGUCCUCAUCCCAGAUGUCAACGACAGAUGCUGCCAGAAGGCUGAAUGUGCCCCGCCCUCCCAGGGGGGUUGUGUGGACAAGAAGGCAGACUGCUACCUGUACGGUGACUAUUCCUGCCGCGACCCCUACACAGCCUGGGCAAAGACCAACUGUGCCAAGUUCUGCGGUUUCUGCGGCACAAAGACGUCCCCGAACCCCCUCAGCUGUAAGGACGAGAUCCCCAACUGCAACGAGUACCCCAAGGACAACUGUGUUGGGGAGUAUGCCUCCUGGGCCAAGUUCAACUGUCCCAAAUACUGCGGCUACUGCGGCGGCGGAGCAGGUCCAGUGACUACCCCAAGAUCCAACAUCAUCGUGUACGGCAGCGCCGCCCCCGUUCAAACUGGAGGGUCUCACACCGGCUGCAGCGACACCCUCGCCACCUGCGCCCAGUAUUCCCAGGCUGCCUGCCACGACCCCUACGUCUCGUGGGCCAUCAACAACUGCCCCAAGUUCUGCGGCCUGUGUGACCAAGUUGGAAAGGUCCCCCAGGGCACCCAAGGAACAGUAACCAUGGGGGGUAAUGGCGGCGGCAUCUCGGGGAGCGGCACCAAUAACCCCAUGUUCGUCACGGAGUACCCCAUGAACGCCAUCACCGGCUUCAAUGCUGGAUGUUACUACAAAGGCCGUGUGUACAAAACGGGCGAGGAGUGGCAAGACGGAUGUCAGUAUAACUGUUCCUGUGUCAACGGACAGACCGGAUACUACAAAUGCGUCUCAGGCUGCCAAACGUUCCCCAAUCUACCUGCCGGAUGCACGCUCCAGAAAUUAGCCGGAUCCUGUUGCGAGACCCCCGUAUGUCCAGGCUCUGGCACCGGCACCGGCACCGGGACCAACACUGGUGGUACGUGUCUCUACAAGGGCAAGUCGUACCAACAGGGUAUGACGUGGAACGACGGCUGUGACUACACCUGCACCUGCACUGACGCCGCCGCCUCUCGAUACCAGUGCCGACAGAGGUGUAUCGCCUGGUCCCUCCCAGCGGCGUGUACCAUCCACGAACCUGCUCCCGGGAAAUGCUGCAAGACUCCCACCUGUCCCCCCGGAUAUACCAUUAGCUACCCCCCAGGCUACACAGUAGAGUAGACGCAUAAUGAUGACGUCAUCGUGACGUGGUACACUUAAACUCAAAGAAAAACUCAAAUUUUGGGCUUGUGAUGUUUUAGUAUGUUUACAUGAAUAAAACCGUAAAACAGA